CUGCAGAGCGCAGACCUGGUCAUCAGCCACGCAGGUGCUGGUAGCUGCCUGGAGACUCUAGAGAAAGGAAAACCACUAAUAGUAGUAAUAAAUGACAAGCUGAUGAACAACCAUCAGCUUGAGCUGGCCAAACAGCUGCACAGAGAUGGCUGUGUCCUGUACUGUAACUGCAGCACUCUUGUGGAGACACUGCAGUCGAUGGACUUGUCAGCUUUGAAACCUUUUCCUCCUGGACAGCCAGAAAAGUUUGCUUCAUUCUUGGAUAAAGUUUUUGGGUUGCAGUAAACAAAAAAGAGAAAUAAAAAAGUUGGAAUAAAAUGUCUCAUCUCCUCUUAAGGUCUGCCAACACUCAAAGAGAAUAUCAUUUAAUAUUAACUGAUAUUAAAUGGCUUACAAUUUAGUGUCAAACUCAUU